AUGAACCUUAUACUAUUUUUCUCACACAUUCUUUUUGUUUCCACUACUGCGACGAUCGAUGGACCAUCGUUAAUCAAAUUUAAUGAGCAAACUUUGAAUAAACUACGUUUAACUUCUUCGAUUUUAUCAAAAGCAGCAUCUUACAUCGACUUUGCUAUAUUAAAUGAAUACCAAUGUGCAAUUGAAUGUAUCAAAGAUCAAUUCAGAUGCACAGGUUAUGAAUAUAAUGCAAAUCAUAAAAUGUGCUCGUUGUAUGACGAUUCGACGCGAACAGUUGAUUCGGAUAUAGUGAAAGUUCGAAAAAAAGUUCAAUCGAAUGUUUGUGACAAAGUGACUUGUAAACCAGGUGCAAUUUGUGUUGAUUACGAUGGUAAAGGUAACAAAAUUCCUACUUGUGUUUGUUUAAACGGACAGUCAACACCAGAUGAUUGUGAUCAGAAUGAAGCCAACAUCUGGACAGAAUAUAGUGAUUGGUCAGCUUGCAGUGUUACAUGCGGCGAAGGCUAUCGAUUUCGUAAACGGCAAUGUUUGUCAGCGAGUGACAAAACACGAAGAUUACGAAGUGAUCAAUGUGUUGGGAAAGAUAUGGAAAUUCAACCGUGCGAUGUAACGCAUUGUCCAGUUUAUGGGCCGUGGUCAACGUGGACACCGUGCUCGACAUUUUGUGGUAUUGGUUAUAAGCAACGUAAUCGAUCAUGCAAUCCGCCGGGUUCGAACUGUGGAAAUUAUACGCAUGAACAACGAGCCUGCGGAGAAGCAAAUUGUCAACGUGUUGCUGGCAUCAAACAAACUGAAGCCGAAAAGUUUCCUUUGAAAGGUUAUUUAGCAAUUCGAGAAGGAGAUAUCCUGUGUGUACCACAAGGUAGUUCAUCAAUGGCUAAACAUAUGGCAGACUUGGUCUGUAAAUCGAUUGGCUUGGCACGAGGUGCUCAGUACGCUUUUCUCAAUCCCAUUCGAUUCAAUUCGACUUGUUAUCCAGGUAUUUUAUGCGACGGAACAGAAAAAGAUUUCUAUGAUUGUAAAUACGAUCGCUCAUUGGCAUCGGGCGAUAUUAGUGAACUAUUUGCAAUUGUUGCACGAUGUGUUGUCGAUGGUGAGUUUUCGUCAUGGUCGAAAUGGUCAUCAUGUACAAAAUCAUGUGGUACUGGUCAAAUGACUCGUUCACGUCUCUGCAACAAUCCAUCACCAUCAAUACCCGAACCGGAAAUUACUCUCGAAGAUCCAUCCUUAGCUGGAAGAAACUGCACUGGUGAAUAUACACAAGUGAAAACUUGCAAUGAACAGUCAUGCUAA